UCAAGAGGUGGGCUAAAUUAUCCUCUCUCUCAGUCUGAGCACCCCUUUUUCCUCACAACAAUGGUGGAAGUGGAGGGUCUGAGAUUCGACUCAUCAAUCUAACAGCCUUUGAACCGGGGAUCCCAAGGCCAAGAAUUUGGUUUCUCGGCCAACAGGACCUAGGGGGGCUAUUUGGUGAUUGUCUCUUUUGCUCUCCAGGCACAGAGUUGUUGGCUGUAACUGUACGGAGUUGAGAGAACCGUAUCGGUCUUAUGUCCAACCAAAACUUUCAUAAUUGGAAAUCUGAUAAUGGUUCUGGGAAGCAAAAAGAUUUGAACCAUUCCACUUUGUUGAAUGUAGGACAAUCUUGUAUAUAAACACAUCUUGUAUGGUUGAAUAAAGACAUAGAAACAGAGUUUCAUACCAGAUACAGAGUUCAUACCAGUAAGCUGCAAUAGUGGUAUCAGAGCCCACCUCCAACGAGACCUCUGACCUCUUUACUUCCCAACCAUGGACUCCGACAGCAGCUCCUCUAAAACCAACGCAAUCAACCCAAACUCAGCAGCCACCGUGAUCAACAAUCAACGCAGCCCCUUCUCAUUCAACGCUGCGGCUUUUCCCUUAAAGUUGACUCCAACUAAUUAUUUAUCUUGGAAAUCACAAUGCACUUGUCUUCUUGCAGGAUUUGAGCUCCUUGGUUAUUUGGAUGGUUCUCAUCCAUCCCCUGUUGCCACAGAACCAAGCUAUAGUCUGUGGGCACGCCAGGAUCAGUUAAUUCGCCAUGCACUGAUUACUUCCGUAUCCGACAGCAUUACACCAUACAUAGCCGCUACAGCUACGGCACAACAGGCAUGGGAAACAUUAGCGAGACUCUAUGCAAAUCGAUCUCGCACCCGUGUCAUCACCCUUAAGGAACGCCUGCAGAACAUGCGUCGUGACGGUCGCUCGGUGUCUGAAUAUCUCCGAGCACUCAAGUUUGUGGCAGAUGAAUUAGGGACAAUAGAUUGGCCUCUCACUGAUGAUGAUCUUACAGUCUACAUAUUGAAUGGACUAGGACCAGAAUUCCGAGAGAUAGCAGCCUCUCUUCGUACUCGUGAUUCAUCCCUCUCCUUUGAUGAUCUGCACGAUCGACUGGUGGCUCAUAAGGAAAGCCUUAGGCGAGAGGAACUUAAGGCUGAUUCUUCCCCAAUAACCGCACACUAUGCUUCAAUACCGAAGUCUAUGUCGUCUUCACAGGUUGGUCUUUUUCCUCCUGCCUCAAACAAUCGUUACUCACCUUCAACUUCUUCACAGAAUCGCAGAGGUGGAAACUCAUAUCAGCAAAGGCCCAACAACAAAAGGUGCGGUUCAUUCUCUAGGCCCAAUAACAUUAGUCGACCCACUUGCCAGUUAUGUAACCAGGCUGGUCACUUUGCCCGGAGUUGUCCCUAUCAUCGGAUCCAGAAUCUGAACCCCCAGGCCAACUAUGCUUCUUCUGCGACAGCUGCUGAUGAUUGGCUCUUAGACUCAGGAGCAACUAAUCAUGUAACCACUGAUUUGGCAAACCUUGCACUCCAUUCUGAGUAUCAUGGUCUUGAUGAACUCCAAAUUGGUGAUGGAACAGAGUCUACUUUCUCAUUUAAAAAUUCCACUUUCUUGUGUGAUGCCUCUAAUUCCUCAUCGACUUUCCGUGACAUGCCAAUGAUGCCAAACUCCACGAGUGCAGGUAUGAGUGUUGAGCCUCCUCCAUUGGUCCCUUGUGUACCGACUCACUCUCACCGCCCAUCUAAGUUCCAUAAUGUCCAACAAAGCCAUGAGCAACCUCCAGCUUCUAUUUACCCAUUAUCUACCCUUGUGGCCACUAGCACACCCUCUCCCCUUCCUUCCCUUACUUCACCAGCCUCUCCCAUUGCGACCAAUUCCGUCCACCAAUCCCCUGCCCCAUUCGAUUCCCACUCCUCCCCUCUUAGGUCCCCACCACCGCAACCUCUUCGGACUCACCCAAUGGUCACUCGUUCCCAAAACAAUAUUUUCAAACCUAGGACACUCUUCCAUGCAACCAAAUCUCCAUUGUCCCUCCCUGUUGAACCCACUUGUGUCACACAAGCUCUUAAGGAUCCCAAUUGGAGACAGGCUAUGUCCGAGGAGUUUAGUGCAUUGGUUCGCCAAGGAACGUGGGAACUGGUUCCUUCACACCCAUCUCAACAUGUUCUUGGUUGCAAAUGGGUCUUUCGCUUGAAAAGAGGCAAAGAUGGGUCCAUUGAGCGCUAUAAGGCGCGUCUUGUUGCGAAGGGCUUUCAUCAACGACCAGGUUCUGAUUCCUUUAAUACUUUCAGUCCUGUUAUCAAGCCUACCACAAUUUGUACUGUCUUAUCUCUUGCAGUGAGUAGGAGGUGGUCUAUUCAGCAAUUAGAUGUUAAUAAUGCUUUCCUUCAUGGACACAUUGAUGAGCUAUCCACUGGCACUCCUCUCUCUGAUGGCACCAAUUAUAGGAAAAUUGUUGGCUCUCUUCAGUACCUAUCUCUUACGCGGCCUGAUCUCUCCUUUGUUGUUAGUCGCUUGUCUCAAUUUAUGCAUCAUCCUACUGAUUCUCAUUGGCAAGCUGUGAAACGCGUUCUCCGUUAUCUUCGCGGUUCUGUCUCUCACGGCUUACUUUUGCGACCCCAGCCAACUUUGUCACUCCAUGCAUUUUCUGAUGCUAAUUGGGCUAGAGAUCGAGAUACUUAUACCUCAACCACUGGCUAUCUUGUAUUUCUUGGCAGCAAUCUUGUGUCCUGGCGCGCUGUUAAGCAACGAGCAGUUGCUCGAAGCUCUACUGAGGCUGAAUAUCGAGCUUUAGCUACUACUACCUCUGAAGUUGCUUGGAUUCAGCAUUUGCUUUUUGAAUUGGGUGUCUCCUCAUCUAUUCCUCCUGCCAUUUUUUGUGACAACAUUGGUGCCACCUAUCUUAGCAGUAAUCCUGUUUUUCAUUCUCGGAUGAAGCACAUUGCCAUUGAUCUUCAUUUCGUGCGUGAACUAGUUGAUCGGAAGGUUCUACAUGUUUCCCACAUUUCUUCUCAUGAUCAAUUGGAUAAUGCUCUUACCAAGGCCCUUCCCUCACUUCGGUUUCGUUCUUUGAGGUCCAAGAUCGGUGUUGCCGAUGGCACCUCCGUCUUGCGGGGGCAUAUUAAGGAAACUGAAUCUGCUGCAAUAAAGUAGGAAACUGAAUCUGCUGCACUAGAGUAAUUACCCAAGAUUGUAUAUUUCCAAUUAAUGUGUAUCUUAGAUCUUAUUCUAGUCUAAUUAGAAUUCCUGUAUGCAGUAGGACAAUCUUGUAUAUAAACACAUCUUGUAUGGCUGAAUAAAGACAUAGAAACAGA